AUGUGCGAAAGAAUUAGACGCGUAACUGUAUAUGAAACUGCUGGACGGUUUUACUUAGUCGGAUGCGACGCUUCUGCUACGAAAUUCAAUGUUCUUAAAAUUGAUAGGGUAGACUCUAAAGUUCUUUUAAUUGGAGAAACCGAAGCUACGUAUUCACGAGAUGAAGUGCUGGAACUCCUAGCUACAGUUUCUGAUGGAAAUUCAGUCGUUAUACGAUAUCCUUCUGGGAAAAAACCACAUAGCAAAGGGUUGAUUGAACGAGUGAGCAAUGCUUACGGUAUCCUCGGAGCUGUAAGAUUUUUGGAAGGAUAUUAUCUGAUAUUGAUCACAAAAGCUACAAGCGUUGCAACCAUUGGUUAUCAUACUAUUUAUAAAGUGGCUGAGGUAGCUAUGAUUAGUAUAACAAUGGAUGGAGUGUCCGUUUCAAGUGAAGAACAGAGAUAUGUCAGGCUUUUCCAGUCCGUCGAUCUCUCCACUGAUUUCUACUUCUCCUAUUCCUAUGAUCUCAGUCGUACCCUGCAAGAAAACGCUCUGAAAACUGAUUGGGACAACAAUGGUACUCGGAUCUUAACAUCCGACCCGAAAUUCGUCUGGAAUAAUUACCUUUUGGAUCCGUUGAGGAAUAACAACAUAUCUCAAAGGUGGUGUUUGGAAAUUAUUCAUGGAUACAUAAACCAACAACUAAUCAAUUUACCUUGCAAUAAACUAUCACUAACACUUAUUGGAAGAAGGUCUGCUGUUUAUGCUGGUACUCGCUUUCUGAAGAGAGGAGCGAACUUGAAAGGGAACGUUGCGAAUGAUGUUGAAACAGAACAAAUUCUCUGGGACGUAACAUCAUCUCUCUGCUUCAAGAGAGGCAGGUUUUCGGCGUUUUCUCAACGAAGAGGAUCAGUACCACUACGUUGGUCUCAAGAUCCAGCAACGCGUGGAGUUGUUGGCAAACCCCUCAUAUUGAUUGAUAUCCACGAGCCUCAUGCUCAGACAGCAGGAGCUCACUUCAGAGAAAUGAGGAAAAAGUAUGGAAGUCCUAUCAUAGUAAUGAAUCUAGUGAAAAGACGUGAGAAAAGAAGACACGAAGGAUUACUUCACGAGCAAUUUCUGAAGUCUAUUAAUUACUUGAACAUAUUUCUGCCUACAGAAGAGAAAAUAUGUUACUUAAGCUUUGAUGUUGCGAGGUGUAACAAAAGCUCAACUAUAACUAGUAAUGUUUUGACGAAAAUGGAUGAAAUUGCAAUGAAAGCUGUCCGAACUCACGGAUGGUUUCAGUCGUUCCCUAUCCCUAACAGUCACCAAAUUUGUCCACGUUUCGAAUUGGCUGGAUUCACUCCUCAUUAUUCUCAAGAUAAAAAGUUCCUUCUGCAAAGAGGAGUUUCUCGCACUAACUGCGUUGAUUGUUUAGAUCGAACUAAUGUAGCCCAAUUUGCAAUAGGAAAAGCAGCUCUUGGUUGUCAGCUAUGUGCUAUGGGCUUAGUAGAUACAGCUCAAUUGAGCUUACAGAGCGAAGUUUGCCGUGUCUAUGAAGAAAUGUUCGACGCCCAUGGUGACACACUGGCUUGGCAAUAUGCUGGCAGUCAAUUGGUCCAUUCCAUCAAAACCUAUAAGAAAACUUCCGCUUUUCAAGAAAGAAGUCGAGAUGUUCUUCAAACUUUAUCCCGCUAUUAUAGCAAUACUUUUGCUGAUUACGAUAAGCAAGCAGCUAUAAAUCUAUUUCUGGGAAUUUUUAGACCAAUGAUUAGCAGUACAUCUCCUCUAUGGGAUCUACCAACAGACUACUAUCUCCAUUUUCCGAAUACUUUGACGAUCAAAACGGAUUAUUGUGCCUGGAUGUACGACGAUGAAGAAUUGGAAAAAAUCCAACGAAUUGAGUUUGGAGAAACUAUAGAAGAAGAAACAAAAGCUGCUCCUUCAGCUCGAGAAAUAUCUAAACUAAUCAAGUUAGACGCCUGCGAUGACUAUAGAAACCAUUAUAGAACAUUUGAAUUAACAUCGAUUGAUGUCAAAAUCAAGAAUCAGAUUUUGGCCGAGCAAAGAACUGUAACUGUCAGUGGAAUUAACCAAGAUGUUUCAACAACUGGACAGUUCAUGAAGUUGUGGAAGACAGAAAGUAAAGAUGCGAAAUCCUCGAAGAAGCAAGCCCGAGAGUCAGACGAUGACGAUGAGGAAGGCGAAGAAGAAAACAAAGAAGAUGUUUUGGAAGUAGACGAUACUUGGGUUCGUUUGACAGGAGCAAAAACAGAGGAGAAGCCCAGAAAAGAGAAGGAAGAGCGCAAACUAAAAUCAGACGUUCCUAUUCUGGCUGCAGGCCUGCUUUUCGCGAAGGAUAAAUACGGCUUACAGGGUUCCUCGCUUUCAAAAAUUGAUCGAGCCUUGUACAAAAGUUAUGUAGCCAAGGGAGGACUAAAAGUGGACACAGAUGACUGGCACAAGUACAAACCAACGCUCUUGACUGAUCUCCACGUCUCCUCUGCUGCUCAAAGUGAUCGUUGGAGAACAACUGCUUUUUCCGAGGAUGACAUUUUCCAAACUGAAGAACCUCGACUGUCGAAAGCAGCAAUCGCUUUAUAUACCAAAAGUUGCGACUCAAAUAGUUACAAAUUGGCAGCCAGGGAUAAGGCUAUCUUUGGCGGCUACCCUCGAUAUAUCUAA